CCUACAACAAGUGAGCACUGAAACACCUUUCAAGCCACUCAAAAAUGUUUAGCUAUUAGAUAUCCACAUUUUUCAUAACGAGUCUCAAAGGGACUCACCAAAUUUGUAGGUAUGUUUUUCAUAAAAAUUUUAAUAUUUAUGUUUUUGGCGGCGAGCGAGGUCAGCCCGAUACAUGCCAUGAACAUGGACAAUGCCCGGAUAGUUCUGAGAGAAUCAAACAAGAAGAGGGAGCUCCACGGAUCGCAACCCUUGGCUUUGGAUAUGGCUCUCAGCGAAGGAUGCCAAAAGAUAUUUCGCAGAAACUAGCCAAGUCGGUAAAUUUUACGUAUUCGGACCCCACUAACAAAGAAUACUCAGAAAACAUCUGCAAAUAUGAGAUUAGUGCGGGAGCACUGUCACGGUGUGUCCGUAAUUGGUAUAUGGGAAGAAAAUUUAACAAAUUGGACCCCAGAGCAAAAGAGUUUACUGCACUGAUUUGGAGCUCCUCGCAGUUUAUGGGCUACGGCGACGCUAACAUAAAUACUUUCCAAGGCGUUUUCGUUGUCAGAUAUACUCCACCUGGAAAUGUGGCAGGAUUAUACACGGACAACGUUCCUCCUAGAAAGAAAACAAAGAAAAAGAAGCAUAAGCACAAGCAUAAGCACAGGGAUAAGGGAGGUUGUGCCAAACGUCAGGAUAAUCGAUACGUAAUUUUGUGGUCGAGCCUUUUUGUUCUAUCAACAGCGAAGUUACUCAAUAGUAUUUACUUGUACUGACAUUGCGCUAGAACUCCAACUGGACAUAAUAAAUAUUUGGUGUAAAAUAAAUUCCAGAACUUUGUUUCUCAAACUAAUCUUA